AUUCUCAUCGUGUGUGGAAUGUCGUUGUCGUAUCGCUCGGCGGCGGCCGGAACAGACCGAACGACGUCGUCCGAACAGAAUAGAUGAUAACAGCAAUAAUAUUAUUAUUGUUGAGCAAUAAUAAUAAAAUAUUAUAUUAUUUCGUGUUAUGUAAUAUUAUUCGGUACGGUGAAUUGUGUACGUAGCGCGAUGAAAAAACCAACCGGUUUUAAUAAUUAUUUUUAUCGUGCUACGCGGUUGACCGCAACUAUACAGUUGUUGUAGUAGGAACAGUCCUAGUGAAUGUACCGACUAGAAAAAUAUUUUUUUUCCCGUCCCGACCGGAUCGACUCCGAUACGAUAGUAAUAAUAUUAUUAUACGUAGUAGUGCAGUAGUAGUUGUAGCGCGUCUCUCGACUUUGUGCCGUCGCGGAGGUCGUCCGCAGAACAAUGCGCGUCCGUAAAUGUCACUGAUAUUGCGUAACGAGUUCCUUUGUUCGGCAAACAAAAACGUUGUAGCACAACUACAGGCAGGCACACGGUAUGAUUAUAUUGUUAUUGAAUAGGCAAUAACAUUGUUGUUUUCGCAUCGGCGGUGCAUGUUAUUAAUAGUGUCGCGAAUAACGACGUACCCGUCGUCGCCGGACACAACGUCGUAAAAAACCGACCCCGUCCCCGGCAGUCGACCGAGCCACCGAGACAUGGAAACCGACGGCGAGAGUGCGUCCGUGGUGGCCCUGGCGGGCAGCAUCCAGGAACCCGAGACAGACGGCGGUGCUGUGCAAGUCAUCGAGCCCAGUGACAAGACCAAGUUCAGGCUGACUUUGGAGCCCAUCAUGAUGCUGUUGCUCCUGGGAGUGAAUGUCAGCAUGAUGGUGCAGACUAACCUAAUCGAAGAACGUGUAUGCCUCCAUAGUGAUCUCGGAAAAAAUAAAUCUGUGAAUUGUUACAAUAUGACUGCAGCAGAACAAGAAAUAGUUCAGCCGGCUGUGGCAGAUUUGCAGAUGAUUAAAAAUCUAAUCGAAACAUUGGUGCCUUGUGUAACAGCAUUAUUUUUAGGGCCAUGGAGUGAUCUAAACGGUCGUUUGCCAUUGUUUUUAGCAGCUAUCUCAGGUAUGGUAGUCUCUAACUGUAUGUACUGUGUGUUUUCUACAAUGCCUAGUCUACCUCCAAUAAUGUUUUUGCUGUGUAGCAUACCUGUUGCCGUAAGUGGUGGUGGUGGUGCAUUGUUUAUAGCUUCAUUUUGUUAUAUUGUUGACAUUACUGAUUUCAAAACCAGAGCUUUCAGAUUAGGAGUAUUGCAAACAUUUAUAUCUUUUGGCUCAAUUAUUGGAUCAUUACUAAGUCCUUUGUUAUACAGCAAAUCGCCUACUUAUGCUUUUGCCUUAAGUUCAAUGUUCACAAUAGCUGGCCUUCUUUACACAUCUCUUUUUCUCAAAGAAACUGUUGUCAUAAAAAAAGGUACAAAUACAAAACUUUUCAACCUCGAUCUAGUAAAAAGUAUGUGGGAAACCGUUAUGAAAAGACGAUUUGGAUUUUUGAGAUGCAUAAUAAUUCUUUCUGCUGUGGUAUUAACUUUUAAUUUAGCUAUUGUAUUAGGUGAAGAUUCGUUGAUGUAUAUGUACUUACAAAAACAAUUUUCAUGGACUUUAGAAAAUUAUACUUUGUUUAAUGCUUAUGCAACUUUAUUAAGUGCUAGUAUUCCUGCAAUUGGGUUGUAUGUGUUGAGUACUAAACUUGAAAUACCAGACAUGUAUCUUGCUACUGCUGCUACAGGACUACGAAUUAUAGAAAAAGUUGGUUUAGCAUACUCACAAUAUACAUGGCAAUUUUAUUUUGUGAAGAUUUUUGGUUGUGUGGUAUUGACCAGUGAACCACUAGUUCGGUCUCAAUUGUCUAAGAGUUUUCCACCUGAAGAUUUAGGCAAAAUAUAUGCGUUCAUAAGCGUGAUCGAAGGUUUUGGUACAUUACUCGGUUCUCCAAUAUAUACCACGGCAUAUAACAUGACAAUCCAUAAUUUUGCCAAUUUCAUAUUUCUCCUAUCAUCAAUAUUUGGCACAUUUGUUUUAGGUUUAUACAUAAUGAUAUUAUUCUUACUUUCAAGAAGUACCAAAACAGAAGAUUUAUUAAUUAUAAACUAAUUAUCGAACAAAGGAAAUACAUCCAACUUUUUUUUGAAAUGUAAGGGUACCUAUAGCAUUUUAUAUUGUUUAUUUGGUGAAGAUUUAUUUAAUUUAAAUACAAUGUACACAAUAUUAUAUUAUAGUUGAAUACAAUACUCGCUUAAAAUUUAAAAACAUGUUAACAAAUUUUAUUUUAUUUUUUUAUUGAUAUUACAUUUUAAUUAAUAUAAUAAUUGUAAGAUCAAUGAUUAUGCAUGACAUUAAAUACGUAUUAUUUAGUAUAUUAUAAGAAAUUCUCAAUUUUUGAUACUCAUGUUGGAUCUUAUAUUAUAUCUGUGAUGUUUUUGUACUAUUUAUGUUAUGAAGGUUUUACAAUUUUAUGAAAUGUCAACUAUGAUUUUUUUAUGAAUUUAAAUAUAUACACUUAUUAUUACUGAUUUUAUAUUAUAUUAUAUUUUUUAUUUAAUACACACAUUUUAUUUCUAAUAAAUUAAAAAAUUUAAGUAAAUCUUUCAGUUAUGAAUGAUAUAUUUUUAUCAACAUUUAACUUAAUUUAUUAACACUAAUUUUACUUUUUACUUAUUUGAGCUGCAGUGUAUUCAUUGUUUCUCAAUCAAUUUUAUAGAUACCUUUAAAUCGCCAAAAAAUUUCUCAGUUACGUUUUGUUGUAACGUGUGAUUUAUCUAAAUAAAUUGCAAUAAAUAUCUUUGAAAUAUCUUAUUUUAAAAUAUAAAUUAUUAUUAUAAUAAUACUGUGGAUUACUUCCAAUUAACCGUUUACAGGGUGUAACAAGAAGAUCUGGCAAAUUAAAUAACUUGUUUUAAUCAAGAUUAUUUAUUUUUUUAUUAUAUUUUAUAAUACAUAAUUAAUUGACUCUCUUGCUACACUUAUAAUUAAAGACCGGAUUUAUUGACUAUUAUGACGUGUUCAAUUUGGCUUUUAUUUAUUGUGUUUGGAGAUACCCAUGUUUGAUUGCUUACUAUACGAGAUCCUUUGAAACUGCAAAGUUUAUCGCAAGUGUACCGUAUUGUCAUUAGUAAAGACCGGAUUUAUAUGUUUUUACAUAUCGUUACUGGGUCUAUGCAGUCUUAUGAAAGUAAAAAAUGUGGAUGAUUUGUUCAAUUCUGAAUGCAUAGAAAAAAGUUUUUUUUGCAUAUUUGAGAAUAAUUUAUGGGUUAGAGAAUAUUUAACUCAUUUAGCAUAUUUUGGAAUAUUUCGUAAAUUGUGAGAAAAAAUUUGUAUUUAUUUUAAAUUUUAAUAUUACGGUACCCAGAAAAAUUUUUUUUGAACAUUUACAAUUUUUUAUUUUAUCAUUUCCAACUCUUACUAAAGUGCAAUAAUAUAAAUACCUAAUAAUUAACUCACUAUUAAUAUAAAAUUGAAAAAAAAAAAUUUAAAAUGCAUAUUAAAGUAAAUAUAAUGAUAUUUAUUGAUUAUUUUUGCAUAUUUUUGCUUUUUUUUGUAUAUUUUAGCAUAUUUUUUAAAUUUUUAAGAGAAUAUAAUGAGAAUAUUUUAAGGUUUUUUCGAGAAUAUUAGCAUCAUAUAUUUUUUUUUUAUAUUUUUAAACGUUAUACACAAUCUGUAUCGACUAGACACAAUAAGCAUAUAUGAUGAGAGUUACAAAGAUUGACAUGGGAAUUUGAUGAAAGAAGCCACCUAUCGAUGGCACUUUCUAUGGAUUUUUUUUUUUCUUAUCUUAAGAGAUCACGACACCACUUACGCUUCAGACGUCUAGGGGGAUUACCAGGUAUGGAAGGAGUAGAUAAGUUUUUUUAUGAGUUAAUUAGGGUGGUUAAUUAGUUUGGAAUAAAAUCUUUUAUAAUAUAUCUUGGCUUCGUCAUUAAUUGUUUUGAGUUUGGUGUCAGUAUGAAGGGUGUGAUUAGACACGUAGGGUGGUGCAUUCAUUAUUUUUCGGAGAGCAAUAUUUUGAAAUGUUUGAAUUUUCAGUAUGUUAGACUUUUUAGCGUUUCCCCAAAGUUGGAGUCCAUAAGUCCAAAUGGGUUUGAGAAGUGUUUAAUAAAUCAGAAUUUUUGUUUUAAUGGCGGUAGAGUUAUUGCUUAAUAAGGGUUUGAGGAUACGGAAACGAUGAUUCAGUGCUAAUCUUUUGAUUUUGAUGUGAUGAUCCCAGGUUAACCUUUGGUCGAGAGUGAGCCCGAGAUAUUUGAUUUUUGGAGAGUAAGGGAGGAAAAAAAUAUUUAAAUUAAAAAUCAUAAUAUUUUUUUUAAAAGUUAUUACAUUUCAAAUGAUGAGUUAAUUCAAUAACUUUUAAAAAAUCAU